AUGGACAGGAGUUGGAUGUUAAUUUCUGAUAGAUUCAGUCAGCCAUAUGUAGAUGGGGUGAACUCAUUUAUUGAAUUUGCAAAGGCUCAUUUGGGUGAGGCUAGAGAGAUUAAGUGCCCAUGCAUCAAUUGUUGUAACUUUUAUAAGCAGGAGUAUGAUAGUGUGAAGGCUCAUUUGCUCAUAAGUGGGAUGAUAGUAUCAUACACCACUUGGUUAGAACACGGUGAACUUCCAGAACACAAUAACCUUGAUGAAAGCAAUGGUGAGAAUGAUGAGGAUGAAGAUGAAUAUGAUGAACUGAUAGAGGACUAUCAGAGGGGGAAUUUUAUGGAGGGUGAUACUCUAGAAAGAGAGGAUAUGCUACAUGUGAAGGUAGAAAAUAGGUGGAGUAAUAAGUCUUUUGACAAGGUUUUGGAGAUACAAAGGCGAUUCUUACCAGAAGGCCACGUGGUGCCAGGGUCAAUUUACGAGUGCAAGAAGUUGCUACGUGACUUGGGCUUGGGGUACGAGCUCAUCGAUGCAUGUAAACAUGAUUGUGUACUAUUCUGGAAGGAGAAUGCUCACUUGGAAAAAUGUCCCACAUGUCAAGCAUCUAGGUACAGAGUAAAUGAUAGCAAGGGUAAGAAGAUCCCUCACAAGAUAUUGCGUUACUUCCCAUUGACACCUAGGUUGAGAAGAUUGUACAUGUCUAGGAAGACGGCAAAAGACAUGAGAUGGCAUAGUGAUAAGCGUGUGGAUGAUGGUGUAGGGAGGCAUCCGGCUGAUUGUAAAGAGUGGAAGGAAUUUGAUUUGCAUUAUCCAGAGUUUGCCCAGGAGACUCGCAAUGUUAGGUUGGGCCUAGCCACCGAUGGGUUCAACCCUUUUGGGAACAUGAGCACUUCCUAUAGCAUGUGGCCUGUCAUACUCAUGCCCUAUAACCUCCCACCUUGGAGAUGUAUGAAGGCCCCAUUUUUCAUGAUGUCCUUACUUAUUGCUGGACGUAAUCAACUAGGGACUGAUAUUGAUGUCUACCUAAGGCCAUUGAUUGAUGAGUUGAAGGAGUUAUGGGAGAAUGGCGUGAUGACUUACGAUGCCUCCACUGAACAGACCUUCCGGAUGCAUGCAGCUGUAAUUAAGAUCGGGUGGGUGGGUCAUCGAGCAUACUUGCCUGAUAACCACCGUCAGAGGAAGGACAAGAAGUUUGAUGGUUUAACUGAGCUUAGGAAGAAAUCCUUAGAUUUAUCGGUGGAAAAAGUAAUGGCUCAAUUGGAUCAACUGCGGGAAGUCAAGUCUGGAAAAGAUCCUACCAACAAGAAAAGACCACGAGAGUCUGAAGAAUUGAAUUAG